AUGUCUUCAGGAGAAAAUAAACGAAAUCGCUUUUUCGUUGAUCGAAAUGAAAGUUUUUUCAUCAUUUUACUUGAUUUUGAUGAUUUUCUCGUUUACAACAAGAAUUUCAAAAGAAACUAUGUUCGAAAAAAGUUCAAAAAUCAAAAUAAUCUCGUAAGCAGUAGGAGUGGUGUUAUUUUCGAAGGAACGAUUCAAGAAAUCGACGUUGAAAGAGUAAAUGGUUGUGUUUAUGAGAAGGAAAGUGAAGAUAUUUUAGAGAAAAAUUCCAAGGUUAAAAUUGAUAAAGUUAAAAAAGGUAAUUUAGAGAGCUCAAGGCAGACACGAUCAUCUUCCAAAAAAGAAAUGGCCAAGAAGGUGGUGCAAAGACAGUCAAAGAAAUCUAAAACAACAGUUAUUGAACAACCAAAAGAGAACCUAACUGUUAAGGGAAAAAAAUUAGUUUUUGAGAAUGUCAAAACUAUAAGUAAGAAACGUGAACUAUCUGAUGAAGAUGAUUCUAAUUUUCAGAGUCUUCCCGGAUGUUCAAAGAAACCAUAG